UCGGCAAAUUCCGAAACUCUUUGGUAAAUGUCCACCAUGUCUGUCUUCGCUUCGCGGAUAGCCCGUCUGCCGCGUAUCUCUUGUACAAGAGGUCUCUCGCGAAUAAGAAUCCCUCGCAAUGAAGUCUCCUUCAACAUCAAGUACCUCACAGACGCCCACGAACGUGAACUCACUUUCCUCCAGUCCAGUUACGAGAACCAGUUGUCAGAGCUUCGGCAAGAGCUGGAAAGCCUGAAGGAUACCAACCGCGAAUGGGAGCAACGGCAAUGGAAAUGGGAGCAAGAACGCGCAGAACGAGAACGGGAAAUAUCCUCGAGGAGUCGUAUUAAGGAGCAGCUGAUGCGUGACAAAAUCCAGCUUCUCCACAAGGUCGCGUGGCUGAGACAAGACGUGUCCGCAGCUCCGUCCUUGCGCAUCAUCGACUCGAUCUACCGGCAGCGCCUCAAAGACCUUCCCCCGGGCCCUGGUCCGCAGUCCGUCCUCUCUGCGAUCAUCUCCGGCGCCCUCGAUACCCCAUCGCACACUUACGCUUGCUCCCGACAAAAAGCCAUCUCCCUAGUGGACCCCACACUCGAAAAAAACGACGUCGACCUGGCUGGGCAUAACCUCUACCAGGCCUGCCUCGACCACGUCCCAGUUCAAGAGUAUAGCCCGCCCAUUGACCUGAGAGAAGGCCAGCUUUCCCUCCCCUCGGUCGCUGCAUUUUUUGCACUCGCUCAUUGGUCCCGGGCAGAGAUCUCGGUAUAUUAUAUCUCGAAGAGCGGGGAGAUGGUAGCGAGUCUCGAAGGCAGCUCUUAUUACGAUGACGAUUCUCUGAGGGAUAUAGAACUAAGUUAACGACUGGUGGCUAUUGAAAGAGUGAUACUCCUUAUCCAGCACGCCGAAUAUAUUCAAUGUAGAUUUUUGAAGUGCUGCACUCUGAACGAAUACACAAGCAGCGAGAAAAAUAUGCUUCAUUAGCGCCAGCAUUCCGUGAAAGAGUCAAAUUUACGGGCUAAACUUCCGAGUUCCAAACAAGACA